AUGGCCGACCAUCACGGCUCUACUACUCCUCCACCGCCCACCCGCAUCCGCACUCCGCCAACUCCUCGUCUCGGAUACCAGGACAACUGGGAGCCUUUUACUCCUCGCAAAUCCGCACGAAUUUCAUCACGACGAACAAGAUCACCAUCGCCCGGCGCAUCACAUCGUCAAAUUCAAUCACCCCAUACUGCCAAAAAAUCAAGCAAGCAUUUGAGCGCUGCCAUCGCUUCUCCUUUGCCGCAUAAGAAGCGCAUGCCUGCUAGUGAUUUCGUUCGCCGCGCAACAGAAAAUAUGCAGGCGGAAGCUUCUCGUGAUGGUGCGAGCCGUCGCACUCAUGAGCGAUCUACCUCUUCCGUUGCUGGGGCCGCUGGCAUGCUCCCUACACCAUCAAAGACUCCUCAAAAACCACCCACAGAAAAGAAAACCGCACACAUCAAAUCAGUCGCCCGCAACCUUUUCAGUUCUGAUGCCGAUGAAGCGACUUUGACUCCCAGGAAACGAGCUCCUAAGAAAUACACCGGCAUCUCGAUGGAGAGCUUUUCCGUGGAAGAGGUUGAGGAGCCUAUUGAGAUCUUCACUGAUACCCGGGAUCGAGUACCUGUUCGCGAUGAGAGCCAAGAGAACCCUUUCCUUACAUCGGAAAACCCAUUCUUCAGCGAUGCACCGCGACCCGAGACUACUAAACGCCACGACAAGCGUAAGGUCAAGGUUCCUGGAGAAGGCAUCAAGACUGUCGAUGAUCUUGCUGAUCGCAAGGAUGGCAUGGUGUACACAUUCCGUGGAAAGAGAUUCUUCCGCAAGUGGUCGGAGCAAGAGAUGGAUGAUUGGGAUGAGCGUCAAGCCGCAGAAGAGGAUCCUGAGGCUCAUCUCAAUCGCCCAUUGACUCGAAGUUCUAUCAAACCUCGUCUUUUGUUCCACAACGAUAGGACGGAUGAGCAGAUUGAGGAAGAGGAGGCUGUGACUGACGUCGAGGAGAAUGAUGAGGAGCUACAUGCCCCAGAAACUCCAUCUGCGUCUAAGCCAGAACGCGCUCGCACUCCUGAAGCACCCAGGUUUGCUCCCGCUUCACCGCCGUCUACUCGACGAGUCACUCGAUCCGCCAACAAAUUGCCCGACGAAGGUACUCCUGUCAAGCCGCCUGGAAAGCGAAGCCCGUUCGAUUCUUGGCGACGAACCAAGGAAGGUGUCGUUAAAUCACCAUCGCGCAAACGCUCCGCAGAGAGCGCCGACACUAGGGAGUCGAAGCAUCGUAAGGACCCUGUGACACCGUCUCUAUACGUCGAGAUGCAUAUCCUCGUCACUAAUGACGAUGGGCCGCCAUCACCACACUCCUCUCCCUACGUUCACUGUCUCAUUCAACAGCUCCAACAAGCCGGCCACACCGUCUCAGUCUGCUUGCCUCAUACCCAGAGAUCAUGGAUCGGCAAGGCACAUAUGAUUGGGCAGACUCUCAAGCCUCUGUACUACCGCCCUUCAAAAGUUAUCCACGGUGAGGACUCUCCGGGCACUACCCAUCAUCGACCCUCCCCCUCAGGAGAUGUCGAGGAAUGGAUUUUGAUUGAUGGAACGCCGGCUUCCUGCGUUCAGAUUGGUCUUCAUCAUUUUUUCCAAGACCGAGGCCCUAUCGACCUUGUUGUUAGUGGGCCUAACUACGGCAGAAACACCACAGCAGUCUUUGCCCUUAGCUCGGGGACGCUGGGUGCUGCUCUAGAGGCCGCUGUCUGCCAGAAGAAAUCCAUUGCUCUGAGCUUCGCCUUCUUCACUCGAAACCAUGAUCCAGUUAUCAUCGAGGCAGCUUGCCGGCGCAGCGUUAAGGUCAUCGAAACACUUUACAAUCAAUGGCCUACAGAUGGCAGUGCAGACCUCUACAGCGUUAAUGUGCCCUUGGUAGAGGGACUGGAGAACAACAAAGCUAUAUGGACCAACGUUUUGCAGAACUACUGGAGAGAAGGCGGCUGCUUCCAGGAGAUCGAAGGUGAGGCAGGAGACGAGAACGAAGAAGAGGAGAGGAUACGUGAGGGUGUCGGGGGUGAGGUUGAUGAUGCGGCCCGGCCUAGCUCACGAAAAGGGCACACCCAUAAGCACUUCAAGUGGGCGCCAAAGUUCACUGAUGUUUACAAGAGUGUGGAAGAGUCGAGCCCUGGCAACGACGGAUGGACUGUAAAGGAGGGAUUGACAAGCAUCACACCUCUCAAGGCAAACUUCAUGCAUGGUCCUGGAGAAUGGAACCAGCAGGAACUCAAACUGGACUCAGGUUCAGAGGCAAACCAAAUCAAGCCAGAGGUGGCAUUGAGGCAAAAGAGCCUCGCAAUCCAAGCUGUCAUCUCCUACGAAGACUCUUACGUACAACCACUCAUUCUCUCCGCCCUCAACUCACUGUUCCCUGAAGGCAUAUUCAAUGUGAUCACUGAAGUACCGGAGUCUGAGGAGCCAGCUCUUGCGAAAAUCGUCCCCUCAGAAGGAAAUAUUUUACAGAUAGUGGCGUACGAGGCCAUCGAUUUUGAGUAUGCCGCUAGCCAUGAGCGUACGACUCUUGUCAAUAGCUAUAUGAUCCGAAAGGCUCUGAUCCGAAAACACUUUCUGUCCACCACCGUCGAUCACUGGGUCGCAAAGCACCCCGAGUCUGCCUUGGGAUCUCACGUCAAGCGCAGUGAAGCAUUCGAAGUCGACUUCGCCGAGUUUCUAGACGAUGCUCUCGUGGAAGCCUUUGAUCUCCGAGAGAGUAUGGAACGCAACGAACAACAGCCUAAUCCUAAGGAUAAGGAGUGGUGGAUCUUGAAGCCAGGAAUGAGUGAUCGAGGCCAAGGUAUCCGGCUCUUCAGCUCCAUGGAUGAGCUUCAGAACAUCUUUGACAUCUGGGAGGAGGACCAGCCUGACACAGAUGACGAAGAGGAGGAUGUUGCUGGGCAGGAUGAUGGCGACAACAUUAUGACCUCGCAUCUGCGACACUUUGUUGCGCAGCCGUAUAUUCACCCGCCCCUUCUUGUCGACGAUGAGAAGCGCAAGUUCCACAUUCGCACCUACGUGAUGUGCACAGGAAGCCUCGAUGUCUGGGUCUACAAGCACAUGCUGGCACUCUUUGCUGGAAAGCCCUAUGCUGCGCCGGCAGAUGCACCGGAGGAUAUCGAGUCUUUCCUUACAAAUACAUGUCUUCAAGAUUCACCGAACGAAAACACUGUGCGCCGUUUCUGGGACUUGCCCCUGUCAGGCGAUAUGCGCGAUGAUAUUUUCCACCAGAUUUGCGAGGUAACUGGAGAGAUCUUCGAGGCUGCAGCAAAGGCUAUGCCUAUCCACUUCCAGGCGCUGCCCAAUGCCUUCGAAGUGUAUGGCCUAGAUUUUCUUGUGGAUGCCCAAGGAACUGCUUGGCUGCUUGAGAUUAAUGCUUUCCCCGACUUUAAGCAGACUGGGGGCGACUUGAAGGAGAUUGUGUCUGGGUUCUGGAAGGGCGUGCUGAGACAUGGAGUUGCACCCUUCUUUGGAGUUGAGAAUUCGAUCAAGGACCAAGAGGGUGCCGAGGACAUGGUCCCUGUCCGUAAGGUGGAUUUGGGACGACGAUAA